UUAUUUAAAAAAUGUUGCCAAAGUAUAAUCCAGAUUAUGACGAGUUUAUUUGGUGGAACUAUUCUAAAAUUAAUAUCUUAGAAUCUAAAUUUUAUGAAGAGCAAGCGAAGAAAAAUCUAUCUCACAAAAUACGAUCUACAGAGAAGCCGUCUUCCUCUCCAAAACUUAAAUCCAAAAUUGAAGAAAACCAUUCAAAAUUUGAAAUUCCUAAGGAGAAAUAUGAGACUCAGAGCCAAAUAUCAUCAAAAGAUAGAUCACUUUCUCCUCUAUCAAAAAUAAAUAAUCUCAAAAACAAAGAAAAAGCUUUAUCAAAGGAAAUAGAUGAUUGCCUAAAUUUAGUUGAAAAAACAUUAAAAGAAGGUCCUAAAUUUAUAAACAGUAGAACAGAUAAUGUUCUAAUCGAGCGUAUAGAAAUGUUGGAAAAAGAUAAUCAAGAAACCAAGCAAACAAUUAAAAAUUUAUAUGGUGCAAUAAUAGAUCUCACUAAGAAAAUUCAACAUCUUGUUCAUUAAAAUAGUGUUUAAAAAAUCAAUUGCAAUAUUUGAAAUGAUUUUUAGUUAAUUUUUAAAUUAUUUGCAUUCAUUUUUUGUUUAUGCAUCUAAAAUAAUUUUUAAUUAUCAAUUGCA